AUGAAGUUGACUCUCUAUCCACCAAUCCCUGCUUCCUGUUUUUUACUGAUACCAUCUUCUAAACAAAGCCUUGAACAAAAUUAUUAGUAUAAAGUACCAAGAAAUUAUUCCAUUUAACAGCACAUUUCAAACUCAGACAACGAUUUCUACAAAACCCACGAACUCAGAAAGAAAGUACUGCGUCCCUUCCAAUUCCAGCAAAAACCUUGAGAAAACGAAAUCAAGUCUGGUGUAUGAAGCAGACUCUUUAUCCAACAAUUUUCAGCUUGAAAUACCCUUUUUUUUGCCCCUACAAGCUGUUCUUACAUGAGAUAUUGGAAUACUUGAUUUCUUUACCUCUAUCUAUUGUUUGAUCUUGUUCUUCUUUCAAAAGAAUGGAGAUUUGGAGGUGGGUUUUUGUUUUGAUUGUUGUAUUUUCAGUUAAAGGGGUGUUAAUUGAUGCUAAACGGCAGUCGCAGCCUCAUUCUACUGAGCGUAUUUCAGGUAGUGCCGGUGAUGUUCUGGAAGAUGAUCCGGUUGGAAGACUGAAGGUUUUCGUUUACGAGCUUCCUAGCAAAUACAACAAAAAGAUUUUACAGAAGGAUCCAAGAUGCCUUACCCACAUGUUCGCAGCUGAGAUAUUUAUGCACCGGUUUCUUCUGUCGAGUCCAGUCAGAACCCUUAAUCCUGAAGAAGCUGAUUGGUUUUACACUCCAGUGUAUAGCACUUGUGAUUUAACACCAAAUGGUCUCCCAUUGCCUUUCAAAUCCCCGCGUAUGAUGAGAAGUGCUAUACAACUUAUAUCAUCAAACUGGCCUUAUUGGAAUCGGACAGAAGGAGCCGAUCAUUUUUUUGUCGUACCUCACGACUUUGGUGCUUGCUUUCAUUAUCAGGAAGAAAAAGCGAUUGAAAGAGGGAUUCUUCCUUUGCUCCAAUGUGCUACUUUGGUUCAGACAUUUGGUCAGCGGAAUCAUGUUUGCUUGAAGGAAGGUUCCAUCACUAUUCCACCAUAUGCUCCUCCGCAGAAAAUGCAAGCACAUUUGAUCCCUCCAGAUGUUCCUCGUUCCAUAUUUGUUUACUUCCGUGGACUUUUUUACGAUGUCGGGAAUGACCCAGAAGGAGGCUACUAUGCAAGGGGUGCAAGAGCAGCGGUUUGGGAAAACUUCAAAGACAAUCCACUUUUUGACAUCUCAACGGAACAUCCAACGACAUACUACGAGGAUAUGCAAAGAGCUGUGUUUUGCUUGUGCCCGCUAGGAUGGGCACCGUGGAGUCCUAGACUAGUGGAAGCUGUUAUAUUUGGGUGCAUUCCUGUGAUUAUAGCUGAUGAUAUUGUUCUUCCAUUUGCGGAUGCCAUCCCUUGGGAAGAAAUCGGGUUGUUUGUUGACGAGAAGGAUGUUCCGAAUUUGGACACAAUUCUUACUUCAAUCCCUCCCGAAGUUAUCUUGAGGAAACAAAGGUUACUUGCUAAUCCUUCGGUUAAACAAGCUAUGCUGUUCCCUACCCCCGCUCAACCUGGUGAUGCUUUUCAUCAAAUUCUAAAUGGGCUUGCUCGUAAAUUGCCACACAAUCGAAGCAUUUUCUUGAAACCCGGGGAGAAAGUCCUUAACUGGACCGCAGGACCCAUAGCUGACCUUAAGCCAUGGUAGAAGAUCCGACAAAAUUUCAGGUGAUAUAACAUUUUUGAUUUUUGCCCUUUGAGAGAAUGCUUGUCGGGGUGGGCUGAUGUUCGUUGUAAAUGAAGAUAUACAUUCAUUUUUGGUGUAAAAGUGUUGAAAUGUUUUACCCAAACAUGUACUGAGGUCAUCUGUAAUUUUGCAGUACCAAUGGGUUUAAACUAAAUUGGCAGAAAUCAAGUGUUUCUCCCCCUCAAAGGAUAAUUGAUUCUUAAUUGUAAAUGAAAGAGUUUCGUCGAAAUGGGGAAGAAAGAGUUUUGUUCUCGUUUAAUUAGCUUAGAUGUUAGCGGUUCUGCUUAAUGAAAAACUCUGAUAUUGCCACUGGUUUCUCAUUUAAUAGUUUGGUGUAAAAGUGAUUGUUUUGGUUACAAAUAGCAUUACUUUGGGUAAAAAUAUAAAAUGAAGUAUUGCAUCACAGUUUACUGAUAUAAGUGACAUGUUAUGAGAAGCGAUAGAAUCAUAU